AGCUUUCUUUUUUGUUUUUGGCUCCAAAAAAAACUCAGUUCUCGCAGAAGAAAAUAAUUUCAGAGGAUCGGAAAAUAUUUGGCCAAUCUAUGCAACCGUCGUCGCUGAAGAAUUGGCUUCCUCGUCGUCGAUUGUUUGGUGUUCGAAGUUAUUGUAAUGAAUUUGUUCGAUAAGCUACCUUGUUCUUCUAGUCUAAGCCGCUUGAUUGCGGGAAUUUUGAUUUUUAUGCUCUAUCAUUCUUUUCAAUUGAUUUCUAAUUUCUUGACUCCUAUACACCCUUAAUUUUUCUCCAUUAACCACGAUUAAUACAACGCCUGUGUGUACGUACCGUCGCUGUUUCUUUCUUUUGCUGUUGAUUUUGAAUCAAUUCUUCUCUCGCUCGUAAAGAAAUCAAAAAUGGAUAGCAAUGCCACCUCAUUUCUCCAGAGUCUCCACAAUCCGCUCCUCGACGGCACUCAUACCUCGCAUAUUGAGAGGCAAAAUAGCUCAUCACCUACUGUGAUCGUGAUUGGUGCUGGUAUUUCUGGGCUGUCUGCUGCGCGUGUCCUCUACGAUGCAUCUUUUAAGGUCAUUCUGCUUGAAUCACGCGAUAGGCUAGGGGGGCGCAUUCACACUGAUUAUUCAUUUGGUUACCCAGUGGAUUUGGGAGCAUCAUGGCUACAUGGCGUCUGCAAUGAGAAUCCUUUGGCUCCACUCAUACGCUCUUUGGGGCUUACAUUAUACAAGACCAGUGGUGACAACUCUGUGUUGUAUGACCAUGAUCUGGAAAGUUGUACACUAUUUGAUAUUAAUGGACAUCAAGUUCCACAACAGCUGGUCGUAGAAGUAGGUGAUGUAUUUAAGAGAAUACUCAAGGAGACAGAGAGAAUAAGAGAUGAACACACUGAUGACAUGUCCAUUCUCCAAGCAAUUAAAUUUGUGCUAGAUGGGCAUCCAGAAUUAAGGCAACAAGGAGUCGCAAAUGAAGUGUUGCAAUGGUAUAUUUGUAGGAUGGAAGCUUGGUUUGCUGUUGAUGCAGAUAUGAUAUCACUGAAAAUGUGGGAUCAGGAGAAUGUUCUUUGUGGUGGUCACGGACUUAUGGUACAAGGUUAUGACCCAGUAAUAAAGACUCUGGCAAAAGACAUUGACAUACGGUUGAAUCACAGAGUUACAAAAAUAUGCGAUGGGUUUAAUAAGGUGAUGGUCAUGGUUGAAGAUGGAAGGAACUUAAUAGCUGAUGCUGUUAUUGUUACUGUACCACUCGGAGUUCUUAAAGCCAAUUUAAUUCAGUUUGAACCCAAGUUGCCAGAAUGGAAGGUUUCUGCAAUUUCAGACCUCGGAGUUGGAAGUGAAAAUAAGAUCGCACUGCAAUUUGAUGAAGUAUUUUGGCCAGAUGUAGAACUCUUGGGCAUUGUUGCACCCACUUCUUUUGCUUGUGGUUAUUUUCUCAAUUUACACAAGGCAACUGGCCAUCCUGUACUUGUUUAUAUGGCUGCCGGAAGAUUUGCUUAUGAUAUUGAGAAGCUAUCUGUUGAAUCUGCUGCAAAUUUUGUGAUGUUACAGCUAAAGAAAAUGUUUCCCCAUGCAACAGAACCGGUCAAAUAUGUGGUAACGCGGUGGGGAACAGACCCAAAUUCACUUGGUUGUUAUACGUACGACAAGGUUGGAAAGCCAGAAGAUUUAUACGAUAGGCUUCGUGAACCUGUAGGCAGUCUGUUCUUUGGAGGGGAAGCUGUCAGUAUGGAGCAUCAGGGAUCUGUGCAUGGAGCUUACUCAUCAGGUAUCAUGGCUGCUGAGAAUUGUCAGAAGCUUGUAUUAGAGAGACUUGGUAAUAUUGAGAAGCUCCAAUUGGCCCCUUAUAGGAGUUCAAUUCAUGAAACUUCAAUUCCCCUGCAAAUGUCAAGGAUAUGAAAUAUCAGUUGAUGAAUAUGAACAUGAUUUGUGAUUUCUGCCACUCUUUUGUUAGUUUGCUUUUUAAUUUUUCAUUAGUUUGUAAUUGAUGCUACAGCUUUCUGUUCAUCUCUAUUAGAGGGCACGUAACUACUACUACAGCUAGAGGUGUGCAUGAUUUGGUUCGAGUUUAGUUAAAUGUAAAACCAAAUCCUUCGAUAAGGAUGAUAAAAAUUCCAAUUAAAUGUUUAUAUAAACUUUUGGUUUGGCUUUGCUUUUCGUUGGUUCA